AUGGCCAAAACACUGUUUGGUGAAGAUAGGUUUGUCGGCUUCGACAGCUGGGAAAUCAGUCUGUGGGCAGAUGAGGGUUUGGGGGAUGAGACUGGGAGACAGGUGAACACCAUACAGCAAGCGCUGGUCUUCUCAAGGCCACUAAGCCAGGAGCCUUCUGAUGGUAUUGGCGCGGGAACGAUGACCCAUUCACCAUCUUUAUCAAAAAAGAACUCAGAUGCGAUAGGCGAGGGGUCCGCCAAAAGGGGGAUAUCGACCCGUGAGGCCAGAUAA